AUGGAUGAUUACGACCUAAAUAAUUACGAUCUGAAUGAUUAUGACCAGGAUAACUACGACCAGGAUAACUACGAUCAGGAUAACUAUGACCAGGAUAACUAUGAUCAGGAUAACUAUGAUCACAACAACUACAAUCAGAAUAAUAAUGACGAGAAUAAUCACAAUCAAGAUGUCACAAAUGAAAUAAGUUCAGAGUAUUCUGUUUCAACAUCGGAAGUACUAGAGUCAUCCAUUAUCAAUCCAGUUAACUUACAAAAAAACAAGUCUUCUGUCUGUGCGUAUUUUUCUUUAUUAACAAAUAAACAAAAAGCUAUAUGCAAUUAUUGUAAAUACCAACUAAGUCAUAAAAAGAGUACUGGAAUGUCUCACCUUCACCGUCACCUCAAAUCAUGCAGAAAGUAUCAAAAAUCAGUUUUUAAAAAAGGUUCAGCAGAACUACCUAAAGGUCAAAUGCAAUUGGAGUUUAGUCCAACAAUCAAACUUUCAAAUGACUCAAUUCGAAAAAACUUAGUUGAUAUGAUAAUUAGAGAUGAACUAAGUUUUCAUGCUGAUAUAGUAAAGCGAGAUAUCAUAAAAGCAUAUGAUAUAAGAAAGGUUUAUAUUAAAGAAAUCCUUCAAAGUGCAAAGGGCAAAAUCUCUCUAACUUGUGAUAUUUGGAUGUUGCUUCAGCAACUUGAAUAUCUAUCGAUUACUGCACACUUUCUUGAUAAAAACUGGAAUCUUAUUUUUAUUUUACUAUCAUUUAGAUUAAUCCCCUUUUCUCAUUCUGGAGUCAAUAUUGCCAAUUGCAUUAAAGUAGUAACAGAUGUGUAUUUAAUUACUAAUAAGGUAAUGAAAGAGUAA